UAUUACUUUUAAUUUUCUUAUUCAAUACGGUUCGCUAUACGGUUCAAUUUUCUCGAUAGCGCUUCUUUUUCCUGAUAAGAUAACUGUUUCUUCCAGCAAACAAUUACGAGAGUAUCUGUUGCGAUGGGUCUACUAAAAUUCACAAGGAAAUCCCGCCAAGCUUUACCCACAUCGAGUGCCUCAACACACGAACAAUCCUUCGCCAUCAAACCACAUAUUCCAGCGCAGGAAAAUGAUAAUGAUCGCUUCACGUUGACUUUGUCCAGUAGCACUAACUUUGAUUUAGGAAGUAUUUCAGUUCAAGAAGAGUUAACUACAAGUCUGAUGGACGACAUCAUGAAUGAGCUUAGUACGACAAAUCAUGCAACGAUCAAGAAUUCAGAAAUAACAGAAGGCAAGCCUACCGCAAGCAUUCAAAGAGGUAAGAGAUUGCCGCCACUUUUGAGUUUUGACGACGAGCCCCCAUCAGCAGUAGCUGAAGAAAAUCAAGUUGGAAUACCACCUACACAUUCAUCAACUGCAGUAGGACGAAAAAACCCUGCAUUACACAUUUCAGGACAACAGGCACAGAGUAACAAUAACAAAGGAAAUUUUGAAAUGCACAGUAAACAGUCAUUUUCCUUUAGAGGCCAACAGAAAUCACAAUCCCUGUGUCCUGUUAACGGUAACAGCGUGAACGUCAUGGAUGUUAGGGAUGGCAAAGUUGCAAAUACUAUUGAUAAUAGUAUGAAUAUCACCUAUUAUAGCACUCCACUUAAUGACACCCUUAGUGCUACAUCCAACGAGCAAUCUGACACAGAUGACGAAUUUAUUGCUACAAUAUCAAGAACACCACCUCAGACAGUAUCGAGCAAUAACAGAUUGUCUCUUCCUCCUCGAAUAAGCAGCUCAACAGACCUACACCAUCUUGAGAGACCUCACAGAAAUUCUACCUUUUUGAGGACCACAACUCCCUCUUAUUUGAUUAAUAGAACUACAGCUCCUGUUUCUAAUCUCAAUACUGCCACUAAUCAAGGUAAUUCCUCUUCAUCGAAAAGCCUAAUGGAUCGAAUGAAAGAAAGACACAGACAAGAAACUCGCCACUCUCUUCAACAACAAUCAAAUGCAAAUGCAGAAAACGUUGAGCUUACUACUCUCAAGAACCUUACCUCGCCAUCUAUGCUCUCCCUGUAUAACAAAACCAUGGCUACCGAUCAACAAAUGCCGCUGCUACAAGAUGCAUCUGCAUCUGCAAGUAACCCUCGUCCCAGUGGCUCGCUAGUUCAAUCUCAUUCCUUUACUACAUUCUCAAAGUCAUUCAAUAACACAUUCAUACCCAACAAGCGCCCUGAUGGUCCACUUACCCGAAGUACUUCCGCCAUAAAUAGCAAGUUGGCGACUAAUAUUACUAAAGAGAUACCGUCGAUUGACAAACAUAAUUUUAUAAAUGCAGAUAAUACAAUUCAGGUACAAUCUGGCAUUAUUACAGCACGGCCAAUAUCCCACCGCCUUUCAUUCUACGGACAAGCUAUGCCGUUGAAAGUUGACAAUAAUGGGCCGUACUUUACAUCUAAUGCACAAAAUAAAAAUUGCGGGCUGUAUGUUCAGGGUAUGCAACAACAAUCAAGUACAAAAAAAACCGGCAAUAAGAACAUCAUCAUAAAAGUUUCUUCCAAUGAUAUAGUCGAAGCUUCUUCAUCUGUGAAUCAGCAUCAGCUUAAUAGAUCGGUAUCUGCAUAUCCAAGUUUUCCACAAAAACACCAGUCGCAAAUCUUCCAUGACCAAUUUCAACAACAACUUGUGCAACAGCAACAACAUCAGCAAAACAUGCUUCUACAACAACAGAUACAACAACAGUUGGACUUCCAACAGCAUCAAAUUCGACAGCAACAGCAAUUGCAACAACAGAAACUUCAGCAGUUGCAGAUAGACCAGGAGCAGCAACUACAAAUCAUCAAUGAAGCUAUUAUGAAAAAUUCAUCCUUAAAAGCUGCCCAACGUGAUGUUUUAAGGGAAAUGUAUAUGGAAACAAAAAGUCAACUACUGAUGGCUAGUAAGAUAAAGGAUCAUCAUGCAGAAAUUGCUACUACUCUGCCCUGCUCAGCUGCAGCAGCAAUAAGGCCACUUUAUGAGCGCGAAUCUUCUGCAACUAUAAGCCGAUGUAACUGCUGCAAUAGAGUUAAGAGACACAAGCGUUGCUCUUAUGUUAAGAAAAAUAUUAGCCACCAUCAUACAGAAACUCUUGCUAAAGAAGACAAUUUAUGCCCUACUUAUGUUGAUUCUGGAAUCGAGAAUUGUCUUGUAUCAGCAACCUCGUUGCGGAAAGGAACGUCGAUCGAUAUUGUUCAAGCUGAAGUGAGUAAGGAAGAAGAGAAUCAGUCAACAGUCAACAUUUCUGCUGAUACAUCCAUCACAAAGGAUAAGGCUGCUCUUAAAGAGGCAGAGGGGUUAAAAGCGAAACCUAUGAAUGGAAUGAUUGAGAACAGCAAUAGCGUUCAGAAUGCAUUACUGUCUAAUUCAUCAACGACUACUCUGACAGAAGGGAACAACAGAAAAGUAGAUAUUACUGAAAUCACUAUGAAAGGAGAGCCCGCGACUAUAACCAAAAUAGUGAGUGACUUAAAGGAAAAGGAUGCGGAGUACAUCAGAGUCCCUAAAAUGCUAAAGCGAGAGCUCGAAAAUAUGCAGAUGCAACGUUCUCAUUAUUCUGUCCCUAGUCUUGUAUCUUUACUUCAUGGUGAAGGCGUUGAAAAUGAAAAUGCACAGCAAUCGAAUGUUCAAUUGAAGGAUUGGAGCAACUAUCGAUUAAGCGACGUUUUCGCUGAAUUGAGCGAGCACAAAGAGAGUGAGGUUCUAAAUGAACAUAAGCCGCAGACCGACGCCCUUAUGCCAAACGUACAUUUAAAUCGAUUAUCUGAUACUGAUAAAGAAUUUGAGCCGGCCGUCAGCAACAAGUAUAGCGAGGGGACGAAACCAUCGUCCAACCACAAUAAUGAUAUGGAUACCAAUUUAUCCAAUAUGAGUAAACGUUACUCUUCCUUAGAGUUCAACUUUCAAUGCUGUCCAUCAUCAGAUUAUUAUCAUCGCCAUCAUCAUCAAAAAAGCCAUAACUGUAAGAAGCAUCACCACCAUACGCAUCACCCUCACCACUGCUCAUCUGUUGCUGUAUCUAAGAAUUGGUCCAAAAGACAUCAUAAUUGCAAAAAUACUGCAGCUCCGAGGAGAACUUUAUCCGCUUUCGCUUUGAAUAAUGCGUCAUCUUUAACUGCAGCCUACACUCGGUCGCAACUUGAGGGUCAUCAAUAUUCAUGUAAAAAGCUACACAGACAUAUAGCACAUCAACAAAACCACCGAUGUCAUCGUCAUAUAUAAAAAGUAACAUAUUGAUUAGGAAGCUGUAAUAGUUUUGUUGUAAUUUCAAGAUAUAAGUUAGUAUCAUAAAAGAGAGAAAAUUUUGAUUAGAUAUACUGUUUGAAACUUAUAAUGUACAUUCAAUGCCUAGCCGCAUAUUUUGUCACGAGUUUAGUUAUUGCCACUAGUAGUUCAUCAACUUUGGUAUCCUGCCAUAUCCUGCGUAGAGUUCAAGACUUCGAGUAAUUCUUAUUUCAUAACAAUUUAUAAAUAUAUAGACGGACUGUUGUUAGCUACCAUGACUACCACUGAGCAAUACGACAAGCAAAAAAUGUCUUAAGAAUGUUUAAGAAUAUAUGCAUAAGCAAAGUGCGCCCAGUGCAAAGCAUUAAGCCAAAUUUUUUAUCAUGACUAGUUUAAUUCGGAAGGAUGACAAUUUGUUAUGAAAACACUAUAUGCCUUUUUAAAGAAU